CACCUGUUGCUCUAACAAUCCAGUGCGACAGUUUCCCAAAGUGCUCUAAACUGAUAUUCCAUUCCAUCAAGUAAAAUCAUCCAAUUAUCCAUAUAACCAUGAAUAAUUAUAGUUGGGAACAGUUUUUGGAAAAUAACAAUCUAUUGGGCGUUAGCGGAAAUGGUGGCGCCGCACAAGUGAAACCCCAAAUUGUGCCCGCCCAGCCGAAGACACUGCAGCAUUUACCAAAGCGACCCCCAGUCGAUUUGGCGUUCCACAAUCUGACAUAUCGCGUCAAGGAGGGCAAUCGCAGUAAUGCCAAAACUAUUCUCAAAGGAGUCAGCGGGCGCUUGCGUUCUGGAGAACUUACUGCUAUCAUGGGACCAUCGGGGGCUGGAAAGAGUACUUUACUCAAUAUUUUGUCGGGCUAUAAAACGUCAAAUAUUGAAGGCAGCGUCACCAUGAAUGGUGCAGAACGAAAUCUGAGCACCUUUCGGAAAUUGUCGGCAUACAUAAUGCAGGAUAAUCAGCUGCACGGCAAUUUAACCGUACAGGAAGCAAUGACAGUGGCAACAAAUUUAAAGCUGAGCAAAAAGUUCACAAAAGUCGAAAAGAACUCAAUGAUAGAUGACAUUCUAUUGACUCUAAGUUUGAGCGAGCAUCGCAACACAAUGACUCGCAACUUGUCCGGUGGCCAAAAGAAACGUCUAUCGAUCGCUCUGGAGUUGGUUAGCAAUCCGCCAAUUAUGUUCUUUGAUGAGCCCACUUCGGGGCUGGAUAGUUCGACCUGUUUCCAAUGUAUUCAUCUGUUGAAAAUGUUGGCCGCUGGUGGACGUACUGUAAUCUGUACAAUUCAUCAGCCAUCAGCUCGACUCUUUGAAAUGUUUGAUCAGCUUUACACGCUUGCGGAUGGGCAAUGCGUGUAUCAGGGUAGCACAAAGCAACUGGUGCCUUUUUUAUCCACCCUGAACCUAGAGUGUCCUAGCUACCACAAUCCGGCUAGCUAUGUGAUUGAGGUAUCGUGCGGCGAGCACGGUGAUCACACCCGGAAACUGGUCGAGGCCAUUGACAAUGGCAAACGGGACAUUCGAUCAUCGGCCGAUUAUGCGGGUCUCAAGGCACGCAACGAUCUGGUCAAGGUGCAAAAUCUGAAAGCUAUUCUGGACAAGAACGAUCUGUCCAACGUUAGUGGCAGCAAGUACGAGGAUAAUCUCACUCUGAAUAAUGGCCUGCUCAAUGGCAUGGUCAACGACAUUGUCAAGGACACGAACGGAUUGGCCCCACAGCAAGCUAUGGUGGUAACCACCAAUGAGAAAGGUGACGCCAUGAUUGAUGUGGACAAAUCUGACAAUUGUGCCACUGCAUUACUUUCCGAGGAAAUCACGUCGCCCGAACGCUAUCCAACAUCGCAAUUUCAUCAGUUCUGGGUAGUUCUAAAGAGAACACUGCUUUUCAGUUACCGCGAUUGGACUUUAAUGUACUUGCGUUUGUUUGCUCAUCUCUUGGUUGGUUUUCUGAUUGGCGCACUGUACUACGAUAUUGGCAACGAUGGCGCCCAAGUGCUAAGUAAUUUGGGCUUUCUGUUUUACAUGUUGUUCUUGAUGUACACAUCUAUGACCAUUACGAUUUUGUCAUUCCCACUUGAAAUGCCUGUAUUGCUAAAAGAGAACUUUAAUCGCUGGUAUUCGCUGAAGUCAUACUAUUUAGCCAUCUCAGUUGCUGAUCUACCAUUCCAGGCCAUUUUCUGCAUCAUCUACGUAUCCAUCGUAUAUUUUUAUACCUCACAACCCUGGGAACUGUUCCGUUUCAGUAUGUUCCUCUCGGCCUGUCUGAUGAUUUCUUUUGUAGCUCAAUCUGUGGGUCUGGUCGUCGGCGCUGCCAUGAAUGUUCAGAAUGGUGUUUUCCUGGCUCCCGUGAUGUCGGUGCCGUUCCUCCUCUUCUCCGGCUUCUUCGUUUCGUUCGACGCAAUACCCGUUUAUUUGCGGUGGAUCACUUAUCUAUCGUAUAUUCGUUAUGGGUUCGAGGGUACGGCUUUGGCCACCUAUGGAUAUGCACGAGAAAAACUCAAGUGCUUCCAGACGUAUUGUCAUUUUAAGUCACCCAUAACCACGUUGGAGGAAUUAGACAUGGUCAAUGCGAAUUUCACACUUGAUAUUGUGGCGCUUGUUGUUAUUUUUGUAGUGCUGCGGGUAUCGGCCUACCUUUUCUUGCGCUGGAAGCUUAAGACCACACGCUAAUAAAAGUAAUAUUAUUAUUGUUUUUUUAUUGUUGGGUUUAAAGCUUUCUGUAUGUAUAUUUAUGUACCCCAAAUGUAUCUACGAACAUUUCACUAAUCUGUCUUAGAACUGAAACGCUUAGUUUUCGUAAAAUAGAUUCAUUUAUGUGUGAUAGUACCACAGUGAUCUGAAUUUAAAAAAAAAUUACAAACCAAUGAACAAUUACAUUUAUAGUAAAAUAUCCAAUUGAGAAAUAUAUUGGGUUUCGGGAAAGAAAAUUACGGAUCUACAUUUCAAAUACAAUAAAAAUGUAUUAGCUUAAAAUCAAAUGAAAAAAUACGAAAAUGAUAAUCGUAUAAGGGAGUCUAUUCAUGAAAUAAAAAUUGUAUCGCCAUUU